UCAGUGUCACUGUGAACGCCGCCGCGAACGCACGCGUUGUGCCGCGUCAAAUUGUACCGCCACGUGUUUUUGUGAGUAAAUAAUCAGUGGUCACCAAUUACAAACAAUUGCUGUGGACUGUGUUAGUGAACAAGUGUCCUGGAUCUAGUGGCACGUUUGGAUUGCACCUAAAAAGGAUUUACAAAUACGGUACCGAAAUCGAGUCGCUUUGUUUAUUUAUGUCUUAAGGAAACAUAGGAUCAUCAAGUCCUAUAUGACUUUUCUCGUAAUUACAGACGCAACGUACAGUAUUCAGUAUAUCGGUGGACGUGAUUCUAUCAGUAUUAAUGGACAGAAUAGUGAUUUUACAAUAAGAUGUGUUUAAAAAGGAACAGUGAAAAACAAAAGUGAUUAUGUCAGUGAGGUGACGAGAACUCCGGCCGGUUGGCUGUGGUUUAGAAGCUGAAAACAUUCCCCUACUAAAAAUUUUAUCCAAGGGCCCGGUGGAUACAAGCAAGGAUAUCUGCAAAAUGACCAAGGGCCCUCGGAAAGUGAAGCUAGUCAUUGUAGUCAACAAUAAGAAAGACCCGCCUACGUUCAAGACAUUGACGCCGACCUCUCGCACUCAGCUGAAGCAACAGUUGAUGCGCGAACAUGCACAGGAGCAGCUGCGCAGAGAAUCGUUACAAGCACAACAAGCAGGUCAGUCCAAGGACAAUGAGGAGAAGAAGAAGUCAAGUCCGGCGGAGGUGCCGCGGAUCACGCCUCACGUUGACCUACCGCCACAAGUAUUACAGGUGCGAACAGUUCUGGAGAACCCCACCAGGUAUCACGUGAUACAGAAGCAGAAGAGUCAAGUGCGCCAGUACCUCAGUGAAUCAUUUCAACCUCAGACGCAGGUGUCACCGCGAUGUGCGCCGACGCAGUCUGCGCCGGAGUUGGGCACGCGGCGCGCGUCCUCUCCGGAGCGACCCUCCUCCUCACUGCGCUCGCCCGGCAUACCCUCUGCUAGCAAUAAUUCAGAGGCUGACGAGUUCCUAGAAGACAUCCUAUCCCUAGACAGCGGCGCGGGUCCUCUGUCCUCGUCGGGCCCUCCGUCGGCCGCCAGCUCCGUGGCCGGGGACUGCGCCCUCCUCACAGAGUCGGACAUGCAUGCCCUCGCCAAGGACAGGCAGAAGAAAGAUAAUCAUAAUAUGAUUGAAAGACGUCGCCGCUUCAACAUAAACGACCGGAUAAAGGAAUUAGGCACUCUCCUACCUAAGACAAACGAUCCCUUCUACGAAGUAAUCAGAGACGUGCGGCCGAACAAAGGCACGAUCCUGAAGAGCAGCGUGGACUACAUCAAGUGUUUGCGAGACGAAGUGAACAGGCUGAAGCAGGGCGAACAGCGGCGGAAACAAAUUGAAAUACAUAAUAGGAAGUUAAUGUUAAGAAUACAGGAGUUGGAGCGCCUGGCCCGCGUGCACGGGCUGCCGGUGUCCCCGGGCGAGGGCGGCUGGUCCCCGCACACGGACGACUCGGGCGUGGACUCCGCCGCCGAGCCCGCGCCCGAACCUGCGCACGCGCCGCCGCCCGCCUCCACGCCCACUGCUGCACCCGAGCUGGUGCUACCGAAGUCGGAGCCGGCGUCGCUGAUGGAGUUCGGCGAGCAGCCCCCGGACCUGCUGCGGGACAUGCCCUCGGCCGAGUGCCUGUCCGCCCUCGACGCGCUCGAUGGACUGAAGCUGGGCUCGUGUUCUCCCCUCAGUCGAGACGAGGGCCUGUCGCUGGGCUGUCUCGAGCCAGACCUGUGUCUGGAACCCGUGCCAGACCACCUCUUCAACCAUAAAGACAUUAAGAUGCGACUGUCCCCCACCCCGAACCUGCUGAGCAGCGAGGACAGCGACGCCGUGCUCAACCUCGCGCACAUAGAGGACCUCAUGGAUGAUGACUCACACAACCCCGUCACGCAAGGAGAUCCGAUGCUGUGCUCGUCUCCGACGUCGCAGCUGUGCCUGAGCAACGUGGUGGCGGAGGCGGCCGACAGGAACAUCUCCUCCAUGCUGCACGAUGACUCCAACACCUUCCAUACUGCUGGUUCAUCAUCUCUGCUAUCAGAAGGCGCUCUAGGCCUUGGAGCCGGCCUGGCCUUAGGCGAAGGUCUCCCAGCGCUACUCCUGGGCCACCACCACGCGCCGCACUCCCCCCACUCCCACCCACGGCAGCACUGCUUCGACAUGGACCUCGGAGCAUAAAGGACACAGGUUACUCGUAACGCCAUCUCUUAUACAAACCCAGAAACUUUAACACAAUCAACUGUUAGAUACUCCAAAAUAUUAUUUUAAUCUGGUCUAGUAUUGAAAAGGCAAGUCUUUGUCAAUAACAGCUAUGAUUUUAUGGUAUUUCAAAGAGACGAUAAAAGUAAAACAGACUGUCGUGUCUUAGUAGUACCAGUCGAAAUCAAGAGAUGGCGUUGUUCUACAAUACUUGUACUCCAUUGGAACGAAAUAGAAUUUCUUGGCUAAGAGUAUUGGUAGCUGAAAAAGUUUAAAAACACAAUUUAGAGAUCUCUUCCAUGAGUUUUGAGUGAAAAAGACGAGAAUGAGUGCCUUAACGAAUAAGAUUCUCAAUAAGACAGUGAACUGACGCACGCAACGUUCCGUACCUAACUGUUUGUUCCUAAUCGCAUAUCUACUUAGAAAUAAGAAUCUACAUAUCGAUAUGUUAGUAGCAUAAUAACUGUAUACACGCGAAAGAAACCAUCUUAUAUCUAUCUGAUAUUUAAAAUAUGUAUUAUAAACGGCAAAUUACUUAAUUUCACUUUUGUAUUUUAUUGAUAAAAGUCAUCUAUUGAAAAAAGAUGGUUAUACUAUCUAUUACUAUUUGCCAAAAAAAUAUUUCUAUUAUAUUGUUAGUAAUUUAUUCCGUCAUCAAAUUAAAUAUACAGUUGUUUCCUUUCAAAGUAUUGCAAUAGGUACGGAACCAAAAUCGAUGUUUUCUAGUGAUGAUUUGUGUUCAAAACCAGGGUUAAGUAGGAGCAUGUAUGCGUUGAAUGUAUAGACAGUACAAGUUGAAUAUCUCACACGAUGAUAUUAAAUGUAUGAAGAUUUUAAAUCGUAUUUAUCGAAAAUUUUAAAGCAAUAAUUGAGCUAAUUUCUCAAAAAUAUACAGUGUAAUUUUUAACAGAUGUCACUUUUGACAGAUGUCAUUUUUGACAGGUGUCACCUUUGACAGCUGUCAGAAAUGUCAACAUUUUCCUUGUUGUUGGAGGAACACUACUGAAAGUAUGUUCUUCAAGCACACUUAUGUUACAAAAUUAAACCAACUACGUACUGAAACGUAUGCAUUAUGUUAACACAAAAUCACGACAGAUACAAAAUCCCAGUUAAACAAAAGUCAAAUAGAUUUGACAAAAGAUUUAUAAUUUAUAUUUUAUAUAACACAUAUCUUUUUUUAACUAUUACUUAGUGCAAUAUCUGUUUGAUAUAUGGCUUAUAUUUACCGAUCAAAAUAGAAAUAAAAAGGCGUAUAAACUUGCAAAUUCAUAUAUAAAUUACUUUAGAACUCUUACACAAAUCUUCAAGGUCAAACAGAGUGUAAAUAUAAAAAUACUAUUUAGUAAAAUGUCUCCAUUAUUAGUUUAGGCUUUACAUCUAAGUACUAUGUGAUUGUUUAGUUACCGAAACACUGAAUUUUGAUUAAUUUCCUCUUUGAAAAUACUACUCAAAAUCAUUAGUAGCUAAUUCAAUUUUUUGGUGUUGCAACACCGCCAUAUUGUACAUAAAAUAUUGCAGCUAACAGAUUUAUUUCUCACUUUGAAAACUUUCAAUGUGAUUAAGACCUUCCAUAUAAGAAUAUAAAGUGUAAAAUACCAAUUUUCUGAUAUAUAUUGGGACAUUAUAAUGUAAAUAUAUAAAUAAACGCACAUCCACUCGUUUCUACACAAAUUUAAUAUUAAAAAAGUAUUAUAAAUUAUACAGAGGUGCUAUAUUUUUAUACACAAUUUAAUUAUAACGAAACUGGGAUAACAAACCUAUGGACCACAUUUUGUACAGAAUAAAAUCAUUGUGAUACAAUAUAUUAUAUUUUUAGAUGAUAUUUAUUUAGAUAUACAAGCUAUAUUUUUGUAUAUAAACUUAGUAAAUACUUUAUCACGAAGUGCCUUGCUUUUUAGCCAAUUUAGUAGGAAAAGCUUGAAUUUUUUGUCUAAAAAAAUCGUAUGUAAAUAGAUUUUGUUAAAAAUCUAACACUGGUUAAGAGAAACACUAUGUACUUGUUAAGUUUUUAUGAUGAAUUUACGAUAUUUCAUUAUAUUAUGAUAUUCUUGAUACUAUUUGACUAUUUUACAGUUGUAGGACCGACAGUAUACAGCUAAAUAAACUGAUACUAUCGUCGGUCUAUACAACUAAAGUCGUAACGACUAUAAACAAAACAAACCGUAAAAGUUGCCAGUUACAAAAAAUAUAUUUAUACCUUUUUUUAAACGAGCAAUACAAAAUUGUACGAUUUUUUUUUCAAUUUCUGGCAACUUUAUACGGUUGUUGAGAAUUACGAACAAAACGUAUUUCCUUAAGGUUUAAGAAAGAGAUGUUGCGAAUCAGUGAGCCUUAUCACUAAUUGUUAGUUAAUAAUGUUCGUUUUUGUUAAUAUUAUUACUACUGCGCGCAUGUUUUACGUUUGUAUGUAGUAUUUCGCUCGAAUUAGACAACCUAGUGUAGAUAUCUGGCUAUUUAUUGUAAUAGACACACUUUUUAUCAUUAUUAUUUAUUUCUUUUACAAACUUUAAUUCGCAAAUGUUUUAUUUUUAUUCUACUUUUUUGAAUUUAUUGUUGGCAAUACUAAGAUUUUACCUAAAAGGUAUUUUUAUAAGCUCAAGUUGAAUUUGUAAUAUCAUAAUUUCUUCAUUUACAACCGAAAAUUAUGUAAUUAAUUAAAAAUAAUAUAAUCCAGAGCUAUAUCACAUCAAUUAUAUUAAUUGAUACAUCCGAUUAUGAACCCUAUGUGAAACAAAACUUAUGAAAUAUUAGAAAUUAUCGAGCGAAACAACAGAGAAUUAUAUUGUAUGAAUGUUAUUUAAUAUUGUAUGAGAUUAAAAAAUGUUGAAGUACAAAAAGUGAAUAACAAUGAAUUUACGAGAA